AUGUCACAGAACGACGGCGGUUGUAACGAUACUGAUUUGGAGGAAACGGCUGAAGCUGUUGUACAGUUCAUCGAGAGCAGUAAAGCGGAGAAAGCGCUUCAAGGAGUGAGGGAGAAACUACAGGCGUUCUUCGAUCACCACAUAGAAACCAAGAAAACCACCACGCAGCUCUUAAACGACAUUGUGCAAGCAGAGGAGAUGGUCGGACAGAAGUUGCUGGAUCUGGAGGGGCAGAAGAGCCAGGUGAUGCGUGAGCUGGAGAAACUGGAGCAGGAAAUUCAACACUGUGCGGCCAAGAGUAACACACUGGAGUCAGAGCACCAAUUCUUGCAGAGAGAGCUGGAGAGACUGCGUGAAUCGGAGCAGGAAAUUCAGUCUCUGCAGCAGGAAGUAGAUGAGGACACUACAGAGGUCAUCCCGUCCGCCAUAUACCUGGCCCAGCUCUACUACAAAGUCACCAAGAUCAAGCUGGAGUUGGACACUGAACCCCACAUCCUGAGAGGGGUCCAUUACGGUACAGAUUUGGCCUCGCCCAUCAACAUCGACACGACCGCUCGUUCUCCGUGCGCAGUCAGUGAUGAGCUCUGGUCCCUCGUAAGCACUGACUGGUAG